AUAGAUUUAUUUGAGAUUUCUGGACUAUCAGAUGGAGCACUCCAACGAAUGCAAGAGAAACUUCGUGGCCGUCUACGACGGAAGCAGUUCCAUUGAGAACCUGAAAGCCAAGUUUUGCAGCACCGUGGCCAACGACGUGAUGCUUCAAACAGGAAUCGGGGUGAUUCGCAUGUGGGCGGAUGAAGGGAGUCGGCUAAGCCGUUUUCAGAUGCUCUUCACUUCAUUUAUGGAUCCUCCCUGUUUAGGUAAUACCUAUUUCUGCCAUAGCAACAUGUGCAUCAAUAAUUCCUUGGUUUGCAAUGGCAUUCAAAACUGUGCGUAUCCCUGGGAUGAAAAUCAUUGCAAAGAAAAGAAGAAAACAGGACUGUUCGAACAGAUCACCAAAACUCACGGGACGGUCAUUGGAAUUACUUCCGGGAUCGUCUUGGUCCUCCUCAUCAUUUCCAUCCUGGUGCAGAUCAAGCAGCCUCGGAAGAAAGUCAUGAGCUGUAAGACCACUUUCAACAAGACCGGCUUCCAGGAGGUUUUCGACCCUCCCCACUACGAGCUCUUCUCCCUGAGGGACAAAGAGAUUUCGGCCGAUUUGGCUGACCUCUCCGAGGAACUGGAGAACUACCAGAAAAUGAGGCGCUCCUCCACCGCCUCGCGGUGCAUUCACGACCAUCACUGCGGCUCGCAAGCCGCCACCGCCGCCAAGCAAAGCAGGACCAACCUCAGUUCCAUGGAACUCCCUUUCCACAACGAUUUCGCCCCUCCGCAGCCGAUGAAAACCUUCAACAGCACCUUCAAGAAAAGCAGCUACACCUUCAAGCAGGCUCACGAAUGUCCCGAGCAGGUGAUCGAAGACCGGGUGAUGGAGGAGAUCCCGUGCGAAAUCUACGUCCGGGGGCGCGAAGAGGCGGCUCAGGGUACCUUAUCAAUGGAUUUUUAACCUCCUCACAAAGCAGGAACCCGGGAGGCGUGUGAAUAGAUGUACAUAUAUAUAUAUAUACAGACGAACAAAACACGCCUGUGUACAAAGGUGUACCAUACGGGGCGGGGGGGGGAUUUGAACGGAGACCUACAAAUUCAUACUUUUUUAAAAGCUCGUUCGGUUUUGUUUCGUUUUUUUUUCCCCCAAGCCCGAAAGGAUUCUGUAAAUCUUUUUUUCUCCUUUUCUUUGGAAUUGCCCAACUGGUGAAAGGAACAACCAAAGGUUUUGCACGGGACUCCAGCUAGUUGACAUUAAAACACAACCAACUCACUGUCAAAAAAGUCCUCUGUAAUGGCCAACUUCUCUGUAUUGCUUCUGUUCCUUCCCCCCCUCCCCCCUUCCUUCCUUCAGAACUACAGGUUUGCAACCAGAGGUUUAAUUUGUUUUUCUUAAAAAGUGGGUGCCAUACCAAGGAGAUUAAUAUUGAAACACAGAGCUAAUCUUUUGGCAAAUGACGUUUGAGAGUGCUUGUCGCAAGUACCCCCUCAGAUUCACCUUGGUUCUUGUGAGACACAGGGUUGUUGCUGUUGUUGUUAGUUGCGAAUUAAUCUCAUACCAUCCCAUUC